AUUGGAAGCCAAGUGAUGGACAACAACAUGGCCUAUUUACUAUAACCAUCCCAAAUUGGUGUCUUAUAUUCUAUACAUGUAAUCUAUCACUACGUGACUUGCACUAUGAUCAAAUCAUUGAAGAAAGUCACAUUCAGCCAGGAGCCGGUUUACUUAGGUUCCACUUCCAGAUCAGUUAAUAAUAACAUCCAUUCAGGCAUAUUACAGUACUAUCACCCCGUGAUGGUUAAACAUCUUCCUCUGACGUCUGCGCUAUACAGAAAGCUGAAGGAGAACGGAAUCUUAACGAAUGAGCAGAUUGGAUUGUUGGAGUUAGAAGAGAGUCAGCAUGGGAAGGUGUUCAAGCUUAUCCAAGUCUUGAGGAAAGCAGAUCAUCAUGUUUUUACAACAUUCUGUGCGGUUCUUCAUGAGACCGGUCACCAUCAACUUGCGCAGAUUUUACAGGAGGCUACAAGACACAACAGACAGCAGUUACCGCUGGUGCCAUCAAUUUCACAACCAAAACAAACCUUACAUGAGAUAAUUGCACCACAUCAUGAAUCUAACCAGACAGUAAAGGGAGAAAAUAUACAACUGAGGAGACACUAUCAAAGCUUGAGAAAAGCAUACACCAAAAAGCUGGAAGACCUUGAAGAGCAGAUAUCACUGGCCAAAUGGAAGCGAGAGCUCGUUAUAAAGGAGAAAGACAUAAUCUGGAGUGAAAACGAAGCCCUUCAAAACCUGAAUAUUGAGCUUCAAGCCCUGAUUGACAAACUGCAGGAGACCCGUCUCCAGCCCAAGCACAGGCAUGAUUUAGGAUUAAGCAAGGAUUUCACAUACAAAAACUCAAGAGCAUUUCACCCAGCCACCAAAGUAGGACAUAUUUAUAGGUGAUAAAUGGGGGAAUGAUUCCCCGCGCACUCAGACCCGAUAUCUGGAGAGGCUAGGUUUCAGGAAGCAUACAGUGCCUGCAGAUGUUUGUGUAACCUAAUGACUAUGACUAAAGUGUAUAUAUUCUCCAAUCCAUUGUGUUACAAUAAAAUCAAGCUUUUUUAAUAGGAACUGGCUCCAUUAAGGCUCAUGUUAAAGGCCAUG